UUUGAUAUACGACCCAUUCAGUGACUAUUAUUUUGGACUUCAUGAUUUCAAGAAUUUUAUUUUUUAUAUGGUUUCCUUAAUUGGGGAGUGUAAAUUCAAAAAAUUUAAUGACCACUGAUGAUCACUGCUCUAGCCAUUAUUUUCUUUGUAUUAUUAUUAUUUUGGGAUGUGACACUCAGAUCACUUCAGAAUUAACACAUGACAUUUGUCAAAAAUGGCCGCUGUACAUCGAGAAGCUAUUCAAAAGCAAAUUCAACAAGAUUGGGCAAAUCGGGAAUAUAUCGAAGUUAUAACUGGAAGCAUCAAGAAGAUAACCGACUUUCUUAAUUCCUUUGAUAUGUCCUGCAGAUCAAGGAUAGCUGUUCUUAAUGAGAAACUUACUACACUUGAAAGAAGAAUUGAGUACCUUGAAGCAUGUGUUACAAAAGGAGAAACAUUAACAUAAAUUAAACAUUGGCAACAACUAUUUUUAGUAUCUUAACGUUUUUGUAUUUAAUGGAUUUAUAUAUCAAUAAAUAUACAAUAAAGACACUAA